UGCCGCUGGUCGCGUCGAUUAUAAAAUCCUCGCAAAAAACCUGCCAUUGACGUAUCAAUAAUCAAAUAAUGAAUGAAAUUAUAAAAUUGUGAUAACAGCGUUUUGUGAUAACACUCGCUUUCCUUGUGAUGCAUCGAAUUCGUGCCAAAUUCGACCGUAUUUGUUGAGACGAAGAUGACAGUUGAGCCAAAUCGUAGUUAACCAUGAUGUGACAGUGCAAUCAAAACGAAGUUUUCUUCUUACUCUUAUUUUUUUUAGUUCUCCGUAAUGCUGGGACUAACAGUUUUCGAAAAUGGACAUAGUGGAAAGCGUAUCAAAAAGGACGUUUAGUGGUUCCAGUGGCACUUAUAAUGUACAAGCGUUAGAGCUGGCAGCGGCACGGGAACGUAAUAAAUUGAAGGGGUUUAAUGUCAUUGUGCAUUUCCUCGAUGAAACUGUGCAGGAAUUUACCGUUGACAAGAGGAGCAAGGGAAGCUUCAUCAUGGAGCAAGUUUAUCAGCAUUUAGAGCUUGUGGAGAAGGACUACUUCGGGCUACAGUAUUCAGACAAUGGGUGCGUUCCUAAUGUCAACAAACCGGAACUUAUGCGUUGGUUAGAUCCGUCCAAGCUAAUCAAGAAGCAGCUAAACAACUGCCAGUAUCCAUUAUAUUUUAGAGUUAAGUUUUAUGUGUCCGAUCCAAGUAAAUUACAAGAAGAGUAUACACGUUAUCAAUUUUGUCUACAAAUCCGUCGAGAUAUUUUAGAAGGAAGAUUAGUUUUAGCUCCUAGCACUGCCAUUCUUUUAGCUAGUUACACGGUUCAAGCUGAGUUAGGUGAUUAUCAGCCUGAAGAACAUGGGCCCAAUUAUUUAUCAAAUUUACAACUUAUCCCAGGACAAUCAGAAGAUAUGGAGAGAAAAAUCGCCGAACUUCAUAAGCUACACAAAGGACAGUCUCCCGCGGAGGCAGAGUUCAACUUCCUAGACCACGCUAAAAGAAUCGACAUGUACGGAAUGGAACUCCACAAAGCUAGGGACAAUACUAAUAGGGAAAUCCAACUAGGCGUAACCCAUAUAGGCUUGGUAGUUUGUCAAAACAACCUCAAAAUAAACACAUUCUCCUGGUCCAAAAUCAUGAAGAUCUCAUUCAAACGCAAACAAUUUUUCAUCCAAUUAAUCCGCGAAUUAUCCGAAGAUUACGACACCCUCUUAGGCUUCAACAUGGAGUCAUACCGAUCAUCCAAGACGCUGUGGAAAGCAUGCGUCGAACAUCACACGUUCUUCAGGCUAGACUCGCCGAAAGUGAAACGAAAAUUCCUGUUUUCGUUGGGCUCAAAGUUCACCUACUCCGGCCGGACCGAGUUCCAGACGGUAUCGGACGUGAAAAAGCGAGGAAAACUCGAACGAAAAUUCGUUCGGUCGCCUAGCAAACAACUGAUAAAACAGCCUGGCCAAGCGCCUUCGGUCGAGGAAAAGGGGAAGGUUCUGUCGGCGCCGGGACGGCCCCCGAGGCCCUAUGACAAUAAGGUGACGUCGCUGGGAGCGAAAGAGCCGAGGAAGGCGUGGGCGGACGAUUCGCAGAUGUCUGAUGACGAUGGCGGCUUCUUGGAAAGGACCCUGGAAGCCCCAUUUUCCCCCGGCAUCGCCGGCCGCGUUCUAAGCUACGUAGACGAAGAAGUACCAUCUCCGACCUCCAACGGCCUCUACGACACUCCCCCCUACAGCGCCAGCCAUUCCCCCACGUCCCAAAUCACAGACGAAGGCCUAGUGACGAUAACUCUCUACCCCGACGACGGCAAAUACGGUUUUAACGUAAAAGGCGGGGCCAAUCCGGAGGAGCCAAUUCUUGUAUCAAGAGUUGCGCCCAACACGCCGGCUGAUAAAUGUACACCUAGGUUAUCGGAAGGUGACCAGGUGCUGCAGAUCAAUGGGAUUGAUGUAUCCCAUGCGCUGCACGAAGAUGUCGUUAAUUUGAUACAUAAAGCGAGAGGCACCAAUGAUGGGAAGUUGGUGCUGAUUGUGAAACCGAAUGUGUUGUAUGUGGGUAUGGAAGAGUUUGAAGAGCCGCCGUAUCAGUAUGUUCCUGCGGGAGAUAUGCAGCAGAGGCCGCCGUCUCCGGAGAAUGCUCUUGAACAGAGUAUGCUUUUGUUGGCGGAUGGGUUGGCCAGUGGUGCUUUGAUUGCGCGGUAUGAGAUGUUGUACAGGAAGCAUCCGGAUUUGACCUGUGAUGUGUCUAUGGAGGCCAAAAAUAUUAAUAAGAACAGAUAUAGGGAUAUAUCGCCUUACGAUACAACACGUGUGAUAUUAAAAAACGCCCCCAGCGGCGACUACAUUAACGCCAAUUACGUAAACAUGAAAAUAAACGGAACAGACACCACGAACCAAUACAUCGCGACCCAAGGACCUCUCCAAUCCACCAGCGAAGACUUCUGGCAGAUGGUCCUGGAAGAAGACUGCAACCUAAUUGUGAUGCUCACGACAAUAGUGGAACGUGGAAGAGCGAAAUGUCACAAAUAUUGGCCGAACCAAGGCGAAUGCCUCACCAUGCAAAAUGUGAUAAUUAAAUGUGUCCAGGAGAUCACCGACCCGUCUGAAAGCUUUAUUUUCAGAGACUUCAUCCUAACCGACGUAAAGAACGACACCGAACGUGAAAUCAAACACAUGCAGUACGUAGCCUGGCCAGACCAUGGGGUUCCCGAUUCGCCAGCCCAGUUUUUGAGUUUCACAGAGAAAGUCCGGGAGGCCAGGAAAGGCGACGCUGCACCGGUGGUGGUCCACUGCAGCGCGGGGAUUGGUCGGACCGGCGUUUUGGUUUUGAUGGAGACUGCGCUGUGCUUAAUCGAGGCCCAAGAACCGGUUUAUCCGCUGGAAAUCGUGAAAACCAUGAGGGAGCAACGAGCUAUGAUGAUUCAGAAUGCUAGUCAGUACAGGUUCGUUUGCGAGAGUGUCCAUAUAGCAUAUUUGCAAACGAUCGACGACACACAAGAAGCCAAGCUUUUUAGGUGAAAGUAAUCAGAGUUGAGAGUUUAUUUAUUUUUGUUUAAAAUAAUGAAGACAGCAGGGUUUUUUGAUUGACAAAUCCGUCUGGCGCAGACGACGUUCAUGUGAUUUUUUUAAGCCUUAACCUGGAAGUUCAUUGAGUCGCCUGGAAUUAUUUUUUCGACAAUUCAAUACUCAUAAUUUAAUUUGAGUAAAUCGUAUUGUUUUGGCUCGUUGAUUCAAGUACCAUUUCUGACGAUUAUUGCAAUAUUAUAUAGUUGUUUCCUUGUUUGGAGGAAUGUUAGUGCUUGUGGUUAAUAGGCAGUUAAUGAAUUAAUCGUACUAAGAUGAAGACAUUAAAGGCUGAUUUUCUAUUCUCUGGUAAAUUAUUAUUGUGGAAGUUGUUAGGCUGUCCUGUAGUUUAAAUUUAUCAAGAAUAAGAAAUUUAUCAAGAGUGUUCGUGUUCAUCACCUUGUGGUUUUGUAACAUUUAUUUAACAGGUUGUUGAUGUAAACUAUACUAAUCACGAUAAAAUAUUGUUUUAAACAAGUACAAAAAUCGUAUGUUACUUUUUCAUGUAUAUUUUUCAUUUAAUCACGUAACUGAAAAACAUAUAAUCUAUUAGACAUAAUACAAUUAUGUAAUUUUUAAAAGUUUACAAAAGAUUAAUAUAUUUGUCAAUUUAA